AUGCAUAAAAAAAAAAUAAAAAGAACUGAUCUUUAAUCUGCGCCUGAGAUUAUUAAGACCAGACAUAGACCUACAAAUCAUUUGGAAAUUGAAAAUCUAGUUAUGCAAGAUAUGCGUAAGAAAAUAUUGAAUGAUGAAAUGAAUACUCUACAGUUUUAUGAUAUAGUUAUGCCUGAUUAGGAUGAGAUGAUUACUUCGCUUAAAGAUUCAACAAAGAAACCGAUUAAGCUUCACUAGAAAGUUCAUAGAACUGAUUUAGAAAAAAAGUUGAGAGCACGUUUGUCAAAUGAACCGGGUGCCAAAUUAUUGUUAUAAGAAAUGUAAAUGACUAUGAUAUUCGAGUUAUGAGAAACUUGAAGAGGACCCUGAGAAUCACUCGACGACUGUUCGUAAGAAAUUGCAUCAGGAGGAGCAAUUUAAAGCAAAUCAACAAUAUAAAGCAGAAAGUGAUGAUUAAUUGGUAGCCAAUUUGGAUACUUGGUACAAGGGCGUUAAAAAGAGAUAGAAGGAAGAGCAAGAUAAAUUGAAAUAGGAGUAGGAAAAAGAGAGUACCAAAUGACUUUAAUUGUUAGGACUUGCUAAAAUACAAUUGUAGGAGAAGUCGCAAUCAUUGCAAUCAAUGAGGAGAGGCGGAUUGAAUGACAGGUCAAAAGCUCUGUAAGGAAUGCCAGCCUUUCCGAAAUUAAUUGUUGAGUCUGCCAAGUCUGAAGGAGAACCCAGUGCUUUUAGAUAGAAAUUGAUGGGAUCCUUACAGAAGAUCUCAGCCAUCAAGAAAAUUGAGAUGCUCCAUCAAGAUCAGACUCUAAUCAAAUAAUUGGAUAAGUAUAUGCAGUAGGGUUCCACUUUGACCCAACAAGAAUUGGCCCAGAUUGAAUUAGCAAGAGCCAAACAAUAGGGAGAGGAUAAGCAUGAUGGGACUCUGAUAUUUGAUUACACUGUUGAAGGGUUGAAGAAUAGUUUACAUACCUUAAUUAAGAUGCAAUUAGUUCAAUUUUAAAAUGCAAGUGAUCGAGCAUUGUUUUAUGAGAAAUAAACGAAUUAGAUUCUAUUAUCGAUUAAUUCCAGACUGGAGAGACAAAAGAACACUGUAAAAAAGAAUGAGAAAGACCUUGAAACUUUGAGAAUGGAGAAUCACGACAUUCAUAAAAAGUUAAGAGCCAUAUAAGAUUUCGUAAACAUUUAAUUUAAUUGUAGAUCAAGGAAAGGUAGGAGGAAUUGAGGGGAAUCAAUAAGAAACCUCAACAGGCAUCAAAUUCUCCAAAUAUUAAAAAUAAUGCCAGUUAGGUUGACAAUUAUAUGGUAAUUGCUGUGAAGUAGAAUGAAUUGGAAGGUUAGAUUGAUUAAAUGAAAGACAAUUACAGCAAAUUUCAGCAAUAAAUGAAGUUGAAUUCAAUUUAGAUUGAGAAAUUAGAAUAGGAGAACUCAAAAUUGAAUAAGAACAAUAAAGCAUUGUUGAAAUCAAUUUAAGGAUUUUUGUUAGAAUUACUUAAAAUUGGUUUGGAUUGUAGAUCCUAAGGACUGUCUUGGAUAAUCAAGGCAGUUUGGGAUUCCGGAGAGAAGAUUGCCGAAGCAAGUUUCCCUCCAUAUUUGGAUAGUAAGGCUAGAGAUUUCUUAAUUAUUAAAACCAGAAAGACAAUCGAACUGAAUGACUUAUUUAAAAAGGCUCAUUAAUUGUUCAGCAAUUACAGAGAAGCUUCAAUUGACACAGGAAACAAUUCAAUAGUGUCUCUAUUAUCCAAAAACCAUUUUUCCUAGAUUGAUUCUCUGGACAUAAAGAAAUAACAUAUAGAAUAGAUUAAAUAGAAGUAAGAGUCUUAAGUAACCCUACUUGUACAAGGAUUAAGUGAGACUGAACAUAAGCUGAUUCAAUCCACUCUUAUCCAUAUAUUUUAAAGCAAAGAGACCUUAAAUGAUAUUAUUUACAAUGAGGCUUAGAGGAGGAUAGCAAAGAUGUUUAAAUCUGAAGCAAAUUAGGAAUAAUCGAUUGUGUUUACGGAGAUCAAUAACUUUGAGAAGGAGAAAUUGAUAAAGGAGUACCAACAGAUACAGAAGGAUAUAGAGGUGAAGGAGAUGUUAUUUAGGAAGUUUGAGGAAGCCGAGUUGUAAAGGUUGGUUAAGGAGAUUGAUUACAAGAACUAUUUGGCGAGGUAAUGGUUAAGGAAUAUCAUAGAUUUAAUGUGGAAGCAUUGUAAGUGUUGGCUGCAUUGUUUGGAUACACGAGGGCUGAAAGAGAGUUAAUAAAAUAUGGUAUGUUGCACAAAAUGUUUAAUAAUUGA